CCUGUCAGGUAGUUUAAUCUUAGUAGACUUGAUGAUAGUUUUUAGCUGGGGAAAAACAAAACCAAAACAAAAACCUACUCCCUUGUUGGUUUUGCCUUUUUGGGACCAGGUGAACCUAGUCCAAGACCAGAUUAGAAAGUACAUGAAGUCGUUCAGCAGAGCAAAUGAUGAAUGAUUGUGCAGUCUUGCUAUGAGACCAUUCUUUAUGUUGUAUCAGGUUAUGAUUUACCAUUAAAAGCAGAUAAAGGACAGGACUGGUGUGUUAAAUCGUAAACAAUUUAAGAUUUUGGAGAUGGCUUUUCUUUUGUUUGUUGGUUUGGGUUUUUUGAUGGGUGGUUUUUGUUUUUGUUUUUGCUGUUGUGUUGUUUUGUUUUUUCCUGUAGGGAGUGGUGAAGAAAUUUCCAAGUUAAUACUGUUCAGUCAAUUAAUUUGCCAGCUCAGCUGGUGACUCACCUGACUGAAGCAAGUCACAGCACCUCUCCCUUUCCCUGUCAAUAAGGACAAUAAUUCAGGGUUAUCUUACAAGGUGUUUAAAGACUAAGUCUUGUAUCUGCAGCCAUGUGACAGGACAUUAACACUGGUUCAUGACCAAUAAAUGUAUGUGCUUUGUGGUUUUGAGACAGUGAACUUGUGACCAAGCUUUACAGCAGUUUUUACAGCAAUAAGAAAUGACUUUGUUUUGUGCUGUAAGAUCAUUUUCCUGUGGAAUUCAGGAAGGUGGUCACUUUAAGUGGAUUGGGUUUAGUUAGCUUUGUGUGUUUACAGCUGUAAGUGGCAUCCAAAAGUUUUACUUGAGCUACAAAUUUGACUGCAACAAAUGUAAUAGUAAUGAAUUGAAGAAUCUCUCUGCAUCCUCUAAUUGUGGUUUUGGUGUUACACUGUUUUCAGCACUGUAGACCUCGUGUAAGGGUUUUUUGUUGUUGGGCUUUUUGAUUUGUGAGGUUGGGUUUUUUGUUUGGUUUGGGUUUUUUUGGGGAGGGAUUGUUGAUUUCUGUUUGUUAUGUUUUGUUGUUGUUGUUUUUUCUGCAAAAUAUCUGCUAAGAAGCCUUAAAAAUGUGGGGAACUAAGACUUGGCACUUUGUCACCGGAGAGAAGAGCAGUGAACACAUCUUCAGAGGGUUCCAGAUGUGUGCCCUUAUGGAGAGAGCAUUCUGCCCCUGCUGGAGGGUGAAAGUAGCUGUGUGGGUAAGGUGGGCUUUAUUUGCAGUGUUUCCCACUUUUUAACACGCUGUUUCUCAUACUUUUCCUAUGGCAACCUUGGAUUAACCUGGAAUUUACCUGCACUCACUUAAUCUCCCUGUGCCAAAAUAGCUUUUACUUCAACCAGGAAAUAGCUAACUGCUUUUGUUUUGUGAAAAUUGGUGUUACCAUUUUAGAGUAUUCUUGCUUUAAAAAAACUUGGGAAUUCUGAACUUGGCUUUGAAUAUAAUACUUGUUAUUCAUGUUAAAAACAUAUUGGAAAGAGAGCUUUGUGCAGCAUGACUUCUGAGAUGGUGAGAUACUGGGUAAAGAGGUUGUGGGAAAGGCAAAUGUUUGGAGUGUGGUAAGUAAUGAAGAAAGAUAAUAUAUAUGUAUCAUUUAUACCCUUUUAAAAGCUGGAACUGUUGCCCAGGCUCCAGUGCAAGGUGAGCCAGCAGUGGGUGAGAAGGGCAAAGGGCAGCCAGGGUAAGAGCUGGGCCUUCACACCAAAGCCCCCCAGAGCUCUGGGUUGGGCUCCUCAGCUGCUGCAAACAGCCAGAACAGAAUCCAUCUCCUAAAGAGAUGAACUCCACUGUCCCUGGGCAAAAACCAGUCUGAAAGGGUGAUUUGUUUCCUGCCUCAUCAAGUAUGUGAUGCUGUAAGAGGAUUGGAUUUGCAUAUCCAAGGAGCAGUGACCUUUCGUAUUAUUGGUUACUUAGGAUUCCCAAUUUAAUGUUUGCUGUGUUGCUCUAAUUACCCCUACCAAGGUAUUCAGUUAAAAGUCCAUAGGUAAUUUCAAAUGGGUUGCAAGGUAGCAUUGCUCAGUACUGAUGGGCCAAAACAAGACAUUCAGCUUUCAAGGGAAGGCUUAAGGUCCAUGAACGGUGACUGGAGCACUGCAGGUGGAUGCCUGCUGCCUGAAGAUCCCUUGACAUGUGUGAGAAGUGUCCUUGGGAAGGUCACUUCUGCAAGUGGCACUCUUUUAAUAGUUUGGUUUGACAACAAUCUUACUGCACAGCACAAAGCCAGGCCAGAAGGAGGGGAAACUUUUCCACCUGAAAUAAAAGUAUUGUGUUCAUGUUUGCCUGGUUUUUUUGGACAAAUCUUGAUUUUAUAGUGUCUCUACAGAAAUUCCUCCUUUUCUUUGCCUGAACCAAAAGCUGUUUUUGAGCAUGUGAUGUAAACUGCUGUGUGACUGACAGAUGAGCUUGAAUAUAAAAAUGUUAUAGUCUGUAUUUUAUUAUAAUGGAUGAAAUCAGAAUUCUGUCAGUCUUUAUUACAAAGCCUUUAUCUCCUUUCUUCCCAUUACUCAGAACUUUUUUGUGUGAUUUUAAGUGUUGGCUCUGUAGGAUUUAAACAUACUUGUGUUUGCUAUAAACCUACAAGGAGGGAGAGACAUUUGUGAGAAAAAGUUUUACUUGAGCUACAAAUUUGACUGCAACAAAUGUAAUAGUAAUGAAUUGAAGAACACCUCUGCAUCUUUUAAAUCUGUAAAUUUCAGUGUACUGCUUCUAUUACGUGAAGUUUUGCUUUUAUGUAGUGAAGAAUUAUCAGGAAAUUUCACAUCUGGUACGUUUCAAAAAGGCUGCAACAAAGUUAUUUUAAUAAGAAAAAUGAAUGCAUGAAUUAUUUAAAAUAGUUGGUGCAACUGUUCCUAUUAACUAAUCCAGGCACUUGGAAGGCAAUUACACUGAGCUUUGACAACACUGCCAACCCACUGCACAGUGCCUUAUGCCAAAAGCUAUUGUUGUUUUAUUGACCACGUUCACCAUUACAUAUGCAUAUGAAAAAACAGAGGCAUUUUCAUCGGGAUUACCCUAAUAGCAUUAAGAGAUUAUUUUUUAAAUUUCCUUGGAAGGAAAUUCACUUAAAUGAGAUUACUUAUUACUUGACUGGUUUCCUAUCACGCUUCCAUGUUUAGGUAAGUGGAGUCCAUUAGAGUAUAAAGUUUUUUAAAAAACUGAUUUUAUACAUUAAUGAUUUCAAAUAAAAGAGAAGUACUAUAUUUGUGCACAGCUUCUUUUGAGAAAGUGAAGUCGAUGCUCUGGUUAGGAGAGAUAACACUUUUUGUCCCCCUUGGUGGCCCCCCUAGUGUCACCAUUAGUUGCUAAUUACUUGCAAACAAAUAAACAAUUAACUCCUCGUGCCUCUUGGUGGGAGAGUUUUCAUUGACAUGCUAAAACUUUCUAAUAAAAGAUUUUAAUUAAUGACGUUACAAAUCCAACCCCCUUGUCAACAUGGCUAUAAGGAGGCCUCGUGGAGCGAUGCGGGCGCAGUGCCCCUGCUAUGCUGGCUCAGGGCGAAGGCAUGGCCGCUCCCUCGCUCUGCGCUGCCGCCACGGCGGCCCCUCCGCAGCGCCACAAGGUGCCCGCCUUUGGCGACAGCAAAAGCACGCACUGCUCCUUCUCAAUCGAGAGUAUUUUGGGGCUGGAGCAGAAAAAAGAUGGCAUUCCAGCUGGGAAACCUCACAGACCCUGGAUGGAUGCAUGCACCAGCUUGGUUUUAGGUGAUGACAGUAAUCCCCAUCUGCAAAUCCCUGUUGUUUGCUAUGAAAAUCCAUUAUUUCAUGCUAGAAGUGAUCCAGUGCAAGAGGAAAACGUUUUGAAAUGUGAAAAAUACUUUUCAGUCACUGAAAGGCUGUCUUUCAAACGGGAAUUGAGCUGGUACCGGGGUAGAAGACCAAGAACUGCAUUCACUAGAAGCCAGAUUGAAGUCUUGGAAAAUGUUUUUAAAAUGAACUCCUACCCCGGCAUUGAUAUUAGAGAAGAGCUAGCUCGCAAAUUAGAUUUAGAUGAAGACAGGAUCCAGAUCUGGUUUCAGAACCGCCGUGCAAAGCUGAAAAGAUCCCACAGAGAAUCUCAGUUUCUAAUGGUGAAAAAUACUUUCACCUCCAGCCUGCUGGAGUAGAAGGAAGGAUGCUUUGCUGUUACAGUACUGCUACAGAAAAUGAAGAAUUGUUCAUAACCUGUAUUAAGUAAUGAUAUAGUAAUUAUGAUUUUAU